AUGGGAUGUACAGCAGUUCAAAGACCCAAGCUAGGGUCCACAUUUGUGGAAGACCGGCAACGAAUAAACGCAGUCAACGAAAUCAAAGUCGACCCAGGAAUUUUUGUCAGUGAAAACAAGCAAAAAUUUCAAGAAGUCUAUCGCUUAGGUAAAAGGCUAAAAUUAAUGAACAAUGGAGAGGUCAGAAUUUGUUACCAUCGAGAUACUUCUGCUAAAAGAGCAGUUAAAAUACUGAGAAAAGAUUUCCUUAUGUAUCAAGACGAGUCAUUUGACUAUGAAAAUGAAAUUGAUAUAUUCAAAAGUUUAGAUCAUCCAAAUAUAGCAAGAAUGUAUGAGUUUUUUGAUGAUGAUAGGCAUAUUUAUAUCAGAAAAUAGAGAAUAAAUAGGAAAUAGUCAUAUUUAUUAGCCUUUUUACUAUAAAAAAAUAGGGGAUUACUAGUAGUUUAAAGCAGAAUCAUUUAGUUAAAUAUGAUUAUAUUGUUAUGGAAUAUUGCAGCGGAGGUGAACUAUUCCAAGAAAUCGCUAAACGUCAGAUGUUUACUGAAAUUCAUGCAGCACGCAUAAUGUAUCAGCUUUUGUCAGCAGUUUCUUAUCUUCACACUAAUAUGAUAUUUCAUAGAGAUAUUAGGCCAGAGAAUAUUCUUUUAGAAGAGAAAAACGAAAUUUUUAAUAUUUUUUAUUAAAUUAAUAAGGAAAUAUCAAAAUUCAAAGUUUAAUUAUUAAUUAUAAUCAAUAUAAAGCAACAUAUAAAACUCAUCGAUUUUGGAGCUUCAGUCCUUUCCCGAAAAAAUUACAAAAUGAUUAUCGAUCAAGAUAGCUUAAUUUACACAGACCCAGAAGCUUUAACAGGAGAAUACAAUGAAGCCUGCGACAUGUGAAGCUGCGGGAUAAUUGCUUAUAUUUUACUCUGUGGUCAUGCUCCACACAACAUGAAAUCAGUAUCUUCCCUUGAAAAUAUGGAUUUCGGGUACAACCAAGAGCCUUGGACACAUCUCUCAACUGAAUCCAAAGAUUUCGUCUCAAAAUUGCUAUGCCCUCCCUCAGGUCGAUUGGCAGCCAAAGAAGCCAUUUCUCAUUCCUGAGUCGCAAAUCGUGCUUACCCUUCCCUCCCAGGCCAAGAAAUCGUGACUGAAGUCCUCGAAAACUUGGCAAGUUACCACACAAAUAAUAAGCUUAAAGAUGCAGUUCAAACUUAUAUAACUAGCCAGUUAAUGACUUUAAAGGAUACAAGGGUGCUAAGAGAAGUGUUUAGAAGUUUAGAUAAAAAUGGUGAUGGAAAACUGUGUAAAAGCGAGUUGCUUGAAGCCUUUAUAUAAGAGGAUUAUUUGAAUAGGUGCUUAUUGGGAGAUUUAUAAAUAGGAAAUGAAAAAAUUAUAUUAAAUAGGUAUAACAGCACAAUGGGAGAAGCAUUCAAUGAAGAUGAUAUUGCAAAAAUUUUAAAUGUAAUCAGCGGCGGGAAUAAUGACUAUAUCAAUUAUACAGAAUUUCUAAAAGCGACACUAGAAUAGCGAAUAAAUAAAGUGGAUUAUUGGUCAGGCAAUGCAGCCUUGAGAACAUUUUAUUUAUAGCUGGCAAGGUUUUGCCAACCCAGAAAUGGAGAGCAAUGCUAAUUAAACAAUUCUGUAAUGUUUAGAGUCUAGCCCUAGUCCUUUUUUUGAGGAUUGGAUUUUACCUCUAGGAAAAUGAAGGUUCAGAGUUGGAAAGGGAAUGCCAAAUAGCGUCUACAGGAAAUGACUGCACCAUUCGUAAAUCUUCCUAGCGUGAAAUUGGGUGUUACACCCCAGGCUUUGAAUUUCCCUUUUUGCCGUAAUCAAGAAAUUCCAUUUUUUGGGAUUUUUGUGCAGACGACCUUUCGUUCAACCCAAACAGUAUACUGCAGGAAUUCAUAGCCUUCCCACUCAACAUUGGAGUCGACGAGGCAAGGAGGAGACAGAGACAUUGAACUCUACUUCACAGGCGCAAUGGCAUCAGGCGGUGAAAAAGAGAUAAGGUGUGCUCAAACCGCUUCUCGCUCUAUUAGUCAUCUUACUCGAAGAAAUUCUCUCUGUCGACGAUGCAAAGAGGGUGAAUACCCCUUGCGGGGAUCCUGGUGGCUGCAUUAGCAAUUGGCUGCAGCCAAACCUUUAAUAAAGUUAUGCUUAUGUUUAAGUUUAACACACUAGACCAGCGAAAAGUAAUGUCCCGAGACAACUUAAAAGGAGCCUUCGCUAUGUUCGAUAAAGAUGGAAACGGUACAAUCUGUGCAGACGAGCUAAGAAAAGUGUUAGAAGGUGGUCAUCAGAGUAAUGACGAGAUAUGGCACGAAAUUAUCCACCAGAUCGACCAAAACCGAGACGGGGAAAUUGACUUGCAGGAAUUCAGAGAUUUUGUCCUAUCUAAAACAUAA